AUGCCGCUUCUAGACCUGGCCAACGAGCUGCUGGCAGCCGUCGCCCGGUUCCUCGACGCGGACGGCGACAUCGACUCCCUCGUCCGUUGCAACCGCCGCCUAUACCACCUCCUCGUCGCCGACCUGUACCGACACAAUGCCCAGCACCACGAGGGCUCCGCUCUGCGCUGGGCUGCUAGACACGGGCGCCGCGAGACCCUCGAGCGAGCCAUCGAUACAGGCGUGCGCCUCGCCGACUUCGUCCUGCUGCCCCUUGCGGCCGAAGGUGGUUACCUCGAGAUGGCACGCCUGCUGCUCGAACAGGGUGGCGCCGAUGUCGCCGUGUCGGAUGAGGGAGACUGGCUGCCUCUCGGUGCCGCUGCGCGACAGGGCCACCGUGAAGUCGUCGAGCUUCUGAUGGACGCCGGCGCCGACCUCGAGACAGGCUACUUGGGCUGGACGCCGCUCAACGUUGCGGCCAACUCUGGCCACGUGGACGUGGUUCGAUAUCUUCUCGACAAAGGCGCCGACAUGGAACAUCGGAGCGAGAGUGGAUGGACGCCGCUCAAGUCGGCAGCAUGCAACGGCCAUACUGCCACCGUCACGCUCCUCCUGCAGAGGGGUGCCGAUGUUCGGGCGGCGGCAGAUCGCGGUUGGACUGCACUGCACUCGGCCGCCAACUCAGGCCAUGGCGACAUUGUGCAGCUCCUAAUCGACCACGGCGCCGAUCCGGCUCUUCCCACAAUGGAUGGGUGGACGCCACUCACAUUGGCCGCCGAUAAGGGCAAGACGGAUGCUGUGAGAGCACUGCUGUGCAAGGGUGCCGAUAUCUCACUGGCCUGCGGCAAUGGAUGGACACCGCUGACGCUCGCCUCGGACAGCGGCCACGUCGACAUCGUUAAGCUGCUGCUCGAGCACGGCGCGAAUGUCAUGUCGCCCUGUAACCACGGGUGGACGCCCCUCAGUCUGGCAGCUGGAGCAGACCGCGCCACGGUGGUCAAGUUGCUCCUGGAACACGGCGCCAACAUUGCCGCCACUAAUGAUGCGGGAUGGUCGGCCCUGCUUACCGCUGCAGACAGGGGCCACAGGGAUGUUGUCGAGGCGCUCCUCGCACACGGCGCUGACGUGCAGGCACAUACACAUAGCGGGUGGACGGCCUUGCAUGCUGUGGCCGAAAACGGUGAUCUCGAGCUUGCCAAACUACUCCUACAGGCUGGCGCCAAUCCCAUGACCGGCAACCGGAGCGGUUGGACCCCAUUUCACAUCGCCGCUCACAACAACCGCGCCGACCUCGUACAGUUCUUCAUGGGCCACCCGGGCACCAACUUCGUCCAAAAGGACAACAACGGAAGGACCGCAGCGUUUCAUGCAGCCAUGAGGAACAGCGUGGACGUCCUCGAUGUCAUGUUGUCUCGGGACAUGAACAAGUCGGAGGUUGUAGACGUCGAGGACGACUAUGGAACAGCUGCUAUAGUUGCAGCAACACGAAACGGCCACGCCGCCGUCGUCCGCAGACUAAUUACUGUCUCCAACUACGACAUGGCCUCGACCGAUAUUUUCGGACGCGACUUGUUGUACUGGGCAGAAAGGAGCGGCAAUGUCGACCUCCUCGCGAUUGUCAAGGAGCACGCCGCGCAGAAAGGCUACGAUAGCGAACUACCUUCUGAGACGGCUGGAAACCCCGUCAGAUGGGUGGACGACUCGUGCUGGUGCGAAGUCUGCACCAGGUGUACAGUGCUCGGAACGACUUCCUGGGAAUGCCCGGAUUGCGACGAGGGCUGCUUUCUGAUCUGCGCGGAAUGCUACGAAUUUGGGAAGCGGUGUCGAGACACCACGCACGAUCUCGUGCCACAUCUUUGCAAUCGGAUUGAGUAG